UUGGACUUUAUUUUUGGAACAGCUGGGAUCCGAUAGCCUUGUUAGGUCUGUUUUAACAUUCACACAGCUCCUUCCUUCACAGCCACACUGGGGGACGGUUGUGUUCUGCCGGAGGGGGCAAAGCAAGGCUUUCUCAUAGGGAAGGUUUUCAUCCAAAAUACCAGCAUGGAACCAUGAGAAGGAAAAGCAGAGUAAUGCAUGGAAGGGCCGCAGAGAAAAUUAACCCCUUUUCCGAUACAACGUAAACUAAAGAAGAAGAAGAAACCAAUCUGCCCAAACUUACCUCUCUCUCUGUCUGUCUCUCCCCGGGAUCCGGCUGUCAUUUAUUCUCUCUGAAUGGGACAUCUCUUAACCGUCCCCCAGGAACCCUUCAUUAGAUUAGAUUUGGAGGGUUUUUUCUUAUGAAAUUGCUGCUGAAAUCUAGAAAAAAAAAUUUGCAAAGACAAAAAUAAUUAAGAAAAAAAAAAAAACCAAUAAUGAUAAAAUCCGGAGGGUUUCUGCAACUUUAAUGUAUUUUUCCAAGUAAUUUAUUUUGAACUAUCGAGAGCUUUAAAUGAUAUUUAUAUAAGUUUAUUGGCACCAAAUAGAUCGCCGGUGGGUGAGAUUUUUCUCUGUUGAGCAGGAAUUUUUAACUCCCAGAGACAGUGGAGUAAAGAGCGAAAUUUUCAUGUUAUAAUUUAUUUGAAAAAGAAAAAAAAAUCAUUUUUUGCUUUUUUUAAAAAAAAAAAAUUGCCGUCAGAAUGAGUGGGGGGAGAUUUGAUUUUGACGAUGGAGGAGCCUAUUGCGGAGGGUGGGAAGGUGGCAAAGCCCACGGGCACGGGAUCUGUACUGGUCCGAAAGGUCAAGGGGAAUACUCUGGUUCCUGGAAUUAUGGCUUUGAAGUUGUAGGGAUUUACACCUGGCCCAGCGGGAACACGUUUGAAGGAUACUGGUCCCAAGGGAAAAGGCACGGACUGGGCAUCGAAACCAAAGGACGGUGGGUGUACAAAGGCGAGUGGACUCAUGGCUUCAAGGGUCGCUAUGGAGUUAGGCAGAGCAUGAGCAGCGGGGCAAAGUACGAGGGGACGUGGAACAACGGCCUGCAAGAUGGAUAUGGGACAGAGACCUAUGCCGACGGGGGAACAUACCAGGGACAAUUUACAAAUGGUAUGCGACAUGGAUGUGGUGUUCGACAGAGCGUUCCCUACGGAAUGGCGGCAGUGGUUCGAUCACCGUUGCGCACCUCCUUGACUUCCCUACGUAGCGAGCACAGCAAUGGAACACUGGUACAACACGACAACAUAUCUGUUUCUCCGGAUAAUAUUGUGGCUCCCACCAUCAAUCGAGGGGGCUUUGCACUCUCACUCUACGCAGACACUGAAGCCCUCAAGAGCCAGAAGAAGGGCCUUUUCCGAAGAGGAUCUCUGUUGGGUAAGCUAAGAAAAUCAGAGUCAAAGACUUCUCUUUCCUCUCAGAGGAGCAAGCUGAGCUUCUUGAAGAGUGAAAGUGGGGUGAGUUCAGCCGCAAGUGAUGCCAACUCUACUGUGAGCUUUGGGGAUGGCACCGAAUCAGAAGACUUUCCACCUGUGGAGUCAGAUAUUGAUGCUACCACCACUGAAGUCUACAUGGGCGAGUGGAAGAACGACAAACGAUCGGGGUUUGGAGUGAGUGAACGAUCCAGCGGGCUGAAGUAUGAAGGUGAAUGGCUGGACAACCUGAGGCACGGCUACGGUUGUACCACGUUUCCAGAUGGAAAGAAAGAGGAAGGGAAGUACAGGAACAAUGUUUUCAUAAAAGGAAUGAAAAAGCGGGUAAUUCCUCUGAAGAGUGCGAAGAUCAGGCAGAAGGUUGAUAGUAGCAUUGAAGGAGCAUUGAGGGCAGGCGCAAUCGCCAGGCAAAAGGCAGAAAUUGCAGCUUCCAGGACCACUCACGCGAAAGCCAAGGCAGAGGGAGCGGAGCAGGCAGCGCAAGCAGCCAAUAGUGAAUCCGGCAUAGCAAGAACCAUGGCAAGGGAGCUCUCUCCAGACUUCUACCAACCAGGGCCAGAGUAUAUCAAGAGAAAGCUGCUUCAGGAGAUUAUAGAAAACGCAGAACAAAUGGAUCACAAAGAACCUACAACUCCAGCUCAUCAAGAACCACAAGCAACUCCUUCAGAAAGCCCCCUGCUUCAUGUGAAGCAAUCUUCAAAACGUGAAGUUUCCCCAGCACGGACCCCUUCACCUACCUCUGCUGAAUCCCCUCCAGAUGCCAAAAAGCCUAAACAAAGUUCCAAGAAAGAGAAGGGACUGAGCCCCAGCAACUGGAAUGGAGAUCAGAACCGUGCCAGUAGUCGAUCCAUUACCCCGUCCAACAUACCAGGGAAGGGAAACCAGACGAAAUUGAUGAACAAAGUGCCUGAUCCUGAUAUUGAGUUCCAUAAGGGCUAUCAUAGCUAUGCUGUUCGGACCUCCCCAGUGACUCCUCCACUGGAUUAUGAGGAGCAUGCAUUCCCAUCGCCAAAAGCAACUCCUGAAGCUAAAACCCCAGAUAUAAAAGAUCAAGUCAAGGAGGUUUCACCAUCUUCCUCAAAAGACCAAGAUGCAAAAGCAAAAGCAGUCUCCAGGAGAUCAGAGAUAGGCAGAGAGUCUCAGUUAAAGCCAAAUGAUGAGCCCAAGUCAGAAGGAAGGGAGGAGAAGAUGCAGUCAAAGACCUUCUCCAAGUCUGACUCUAAAAGUGACAUUUAUGAGACCAAGUCAGUCCAGAAGCCUGAGCCUAAAACAGUCCAAAAACCUGAGCCUAAGGCAAUGCAGAAAGCAGAACAAAAGGCAGCACCAAAAGCUGCUGUGGCAAAACCAGAGACGAAGGCAGCACCAAAAGCCGCCCCUCAAAAACCUGAACCAAAGUCUGUGGCAAAGUCUGAGUCUAAGGCGUCGCUGAAGGCUGAAACCAAAAGUCUGGUUAAAAAGGGAGUCCAGGUUGCAGCGGUUACAAAUACAGAGGAAGAGAUUGAGGAGAGACCUGAUACAAUCAUGAUCUGUAUGGUAAUUUUAUUGAAUAUUGGAUUAUCCAUCUUAUUUGUACAUUUACUGACAUGAAGUCGAGCUGAAAGAAUUGAAUGCCAACCAUGGAUUCUCACAAGCAGCCUUUCUGCUAGACCACGCAUGAUGAUGUCAGAAGCCAUGUCAGUAUCUAUAUGAUGGGCGUCGAAGCGGCAGCAAGUCAUCGACAACUGAUUUAAUCUUCACUGCUACUUAUUCGCCUGUUGUAUGGAAGCAAUGAGCCCUCCCACCGCGCUCAGAUGCUAAGCUGGUCUUGUUCGGAAAGAGAAACAUUGGGUUGAGUUGACAUACAUCACUGACAAUACACAAGGAUUUUUGUUUUUGUAACCUGUGAAUGCGAGCACUCAAGAGAAAAUAUAUCAUUUCUUUUUCUUAAGAUACAAGUACGUAUGUGUUAGGCGCUCCAUAAAUGGAACCAUUACACGCGGAUAAGAGAAAAAGUUCCCGUCAGAGAGACCUUAAAUCCAUUUACGCUUUGGCUUUUUGUUCUUAGUUUGAGACGUUGCUGACAAUUUGUUUUUUGUGUGUGUGUGUGUGUGCCGGAUUUAGCUGUAGGAAUCAAAUGUUCAUGGAUCAGUUAUUUUUGAAGGCAGGGUGCAGCUAUAUAAAGAGCGGUAUUUAGCACUAUCGCUCAUAGGUUUAAAAUGCCCUUAGACCUUGGAAAAACUUAAAGGUGGGGUGGGGGAAGGGACACCCUUUUAGGCAAUAACCAAUAAAAAAA